UGAAGAUGGGGUCACCUGGAGCGGGUUUCAGCCGAUCGACAUCGGUGGCGGACUCUGGUUGAGACCUUAUAUAUACAACCUGAUGCACGAAGAGGAAUAGCUAGAUAUAUAGAUAGCUUAUUUCAGCUAUGUUCAUGUUUUAUCGUCUUUGGAAAGAUCGAUGCUUUUACAGCAGUUUGUAACAACUAUAUCGCUUUAGAGUAAUGUGGUACACCAUUCAAGUAGUUCCUAUACUCACUUCUGCUUCUGUGGAGCCGCCAUGUGUACACAUACCAUAUAAAGUUUUGCUCCAUUAAUGUGAGAAUUUUAAUUUUGUAGAAAAUAUACAAGCUAAAACAGAAGAAGACUAUUUUAUACCAUUAUCAAUAAUAUUUACCGGCAUGAAAGUACGCAGAGUUGCCUGUUCAGUGAGGGAUCGUACUGGCAAUAGUGGAUGCGGUGGUACAAGGAUUUUGGAUGGUGACUGUGUGAAAUACUCUUCUAUUGGAAAAUAUGGACUUUAUUCUGAUCUAAAGAAAAUGGAUGUCGGUCAAGAAAAAUACAGUCAUCAUCAUUACACCCAUCAUCCUAGAAGUGCCAUCUCCUUGAUUACAGAACUUGGAUCAGAAAGCAAUGCACAUGGUCUGGCAAAGAUUGUGACUUCAAGUGAUACAAAAAGAAAGGUCAUAUGGGCAUUAAUGGUUAUCAUUGGAUUCACAGCUGCCACUCUUCAGCUUUCACUUUUGGUCAGAAAAUAUCUCCAGUUUCAAGUGGUUGAACUUUCCGAGAUCAAAGAUAGUAUGCCAGUGGAGUUUCCAUCUGUAACAGUCUGCAACAUAGAGCCCAUUUCAUGGCGUAAACUACGGCUGCUAUUUGAAAACGGAGAGGAUACUGAACUGAUGCAGUGGCUGAAUUUUACAAUGAGGUUCAAGUUUGGUAAUCAGCAUCCACAUCUAACAUCAAUUCGUGCAUUUUAUGAAAAUCUUGGUGAUGAGGCUAAAAACAUCAGCCAUGAGUUAAAGGAUUUGCUGAUUCACUGUCAGUUUAACCAGGAAGCAUGCUCUGUAGAAAAUUUUACAACAUCAUUUGAUGGAAACUAUUUUAAUUGCUUUACAUUCAAUGGAGGCACUCCAGAAAAAAGAUUGCUUAUGCAUGCCACUGGCCCACAGAAUGGUCUUUCUUUGAUCGUCUCACUGGAUAACGAUGAGCCGCCUCUUGGAACUUAUGGCGUGUACAAUAAAGAUUCAAACAUUCUCCACAGUGCAGGAAUGAGACUUGUGGUUCAUGCACCCAACACGAUGCCAAGCCCAGUAGAUCAUGGAUUUGACAUUCCUCCAGGAUAUUCAUCAUCAAUUGGACUUAAAGCUGUUCUUAACACUCGUUUAUCACAACCUUAUGGAAAUUGCACAACAGAUGCUUUGAUUGGUAUGAAGUACAAGAACACCUUCUUCUCUUGCUUGCAGGUUUGCAAGCAACAUAUUAUUAUGAAAAGGUGCUUCUGCAAAUCUUCUGCACUUCCUGAAAUUGUAAGUGGAAAUGUUAGUUUCUGUGGUGUUAUUUACAACUGGAAGAGUAUCCUGGCUGAACUAGAGGGCUAUACUCUAGGAGAUGAAGUGUGCAUAAAGCAGCUUGCUUGUGAAGAACAGGUUCUUAAAGAGCUUGCAAAUGAUCGCUCAUAUGAAAAAACUUGUCAGUGUUAUCAGCCGUGUUAUGAAACAACCUACCAAAAGUCUGUUUCUCUGUCCUACUGGCCUUUGGAAUUUUAUCAGCUUCAUGCCCUGCAGGUUUUUUAUGGAACAGAUAUAAAGCAGAACUUCAUGCAUGAAGCAUUCACUUUCUUGUCUGAACUGGCAAAUUUCUCACAGCUUAUGAAAACACGCAAUGAUACUCGAAGAGAAAACAUCCUAAAGCAGAGCUACACAUUAUCUGAAAAAGAAAAGGUCCAGAGAGCAUCUACUCUCAUUAGACAGAAUCUUCUCCGGCUAAACAUCUAUUUGGAAGAUUUAAGCGUUGUUGAGUAUCGCCAGCUUCCAGCAUAUGGUCUAGCAGAUUUGUUCGCCGAUAUUGGUGGCACACUUGGACUUUGGAUGGGUAUUUCUGUUCUUACCAUCAUGGAGUUAAUGGAGCUAAUCAUUCGGCUAUUUUUUUUGCUGUUGAACUCAGAAAAGUCAAUGAUAGGUGUGAAUGACAAGAAUGAUCACUUGGAAAUUUCUAAUAAUAAAGGAAAUGUUAAUGUUAGAGCUGAGUCUGCUCUUUGAAUAAUAUAGUUAUUAACAUUGGUAACUCUCAACUACUGUUUAAAGCAAAACUUUAUUCGCUUACCAGAGAUUUCAUAUUUCUUACAAUGACAAGGCUGCAGACAGCAUUUUGUACAGAUAGUGUUAACAUGAGUGGCUGCACUACAUGGACACGCAAUAAUCUUAUUGUUUUUUUAGAUCAAUUAUUAAUUUGUCUGUGUGCUUUUCUUUAUUUAUAUUAAUAUUAUUAAUUUUUUUUUGUAAAGCACUUUAAGCCUGUCUUUGAUGGUGAUGUAAAUUAACUUUAUUAUUAUUAUACAUAUGGUAGUCCAAAUUGGUUACGUUAUUUUAAUUAUGCAGAAGUACAUUUAGAAGACAUAUAGUGUUGGAAUGUGGCUUAAAAUUUGUUACAUUCUGCAGACAAAAUGUCAGUAAAUAAAUUAUGUGGUCCCCAAAGCUAGCCAGAACUGUUAAAGUUUUAGUAAAGUAGGCACACAAUCCUAUACAGUAAAAAAAAUCCGAAGAAGGAUGGCAAAAAACAGGAGACAGCAGCCGUUAGUGGAAGAUGUCUGCUAUAAGAAAUGAUGCAUCAGAAACACUGAAGAACACUUGAUGAAGAUCCAUGGACGAGACACACGAAAAAAACCCAGAAAAAAAACAACCCCGAGAGCUAUUGGGGAAGGGAUUACUCUAAGGUAAUCUAAGGUGAACAAUAGGAUUGGAACACUGCUGCAGAACUUCGAUAUAACAAUUUUUACAGAGCUGAUAAUGUUCUUGAUUUCUAGCCUUUGUUGGUACAGAAAUAAAUUUAAAAAAAAACC